AUGUCGGAUAAAAUGGAGCUCGAUACUCCAACCACACGCGACCCUCGUCUCGCCAGCCGCCCACCAAUGCUUCCUCCUUCCAGACAAAACUCGCUAGAUAAUUUAAACAGUUUACCCAGCGCUUCGAAUACCCCACCUUCAAUUUUACAGCCUGCGGAUCCUCAGCCACGUCAAAGUGAUAGUUCCCCCGCUGAUCAAUUCAUUCAAGCUAUCUCGGGUCUUGUACAGGCAGCUGUCACAACGUCUAAGAAUAACUCAGAAAGGGAGAGAUUGCAGAAGAGGAAGGAGACGACGGAUGGCCUCCUCAAGAGAGCCAAUGCUCAGUCGUCAAAUUUCCCCACCACGGCUGCGUUCUUCCAGUCACAUAAGAAUAAUGAAGAUGUUGAUCUGGGACGCAUCGAUAAUGCUAUUCGACAGCAUAUUUCAAAUUAUCGCCAGCUUGAGAACAGUCUUAAGGCCAAAUGGGGUUUAUUACAAGGCCAGUCCCAAUCAGAGGACACGAACAAGCUGGAGCCUGAAAUCCAAAAUUUGAAAAAGGAGGUUGAGUCGGCAAAGGCCGAGUCUUCAAAGCUCAGUGGUAAUAAUCAGUCAUUGACCAGAGAGGUUACGACACUUCAAGGCAGAGCGACUUUUCUGGAAAAAACUAUAACAAGACACGUUACCAAUCUAAACACGCUGUCAAGAGAUGUCAAAAACAAUCAGACCCGCUUCGAAUCACUCGUCUCUAAUCUAUCAAAGGACAAGGCAUCUUUACAGGACCCACAAGUUGUGGCCCAGCAAGUACGAGCAGAUAUCGACGACUUGAAUGGAAAACAUACAAAACUGAGUGAAGAAGUUGACCCCUUGCUAAAAUCUCAAACAAAAUCCCCAAGUGUUGCCAAUGUGGAGACACUUGAGAAAAAAGUGGACAACUUUGGCCACCGCUUGGAUUCCCUGGAAAAGACGAAACCUGCUGCUUCAGAUGUUGCUAGAAGGGAUGCUGACUCUGAACUCAAGAGUGAAUUGAAUGACAUGGACUCGCGGGUCAAGAAUCUGGAGACGGAUCGGCAUUCCCACAUAAAGUUGGAAGACGUGGACUUGCGGUUUAAAAAGUUGGAAGCCAAUAUUGCCAAAUCCCUACACAAUCCCAGCCAAAGUCAAAGUCAAAGUCAAGCUAUUCAAGGUUUGCAGUCCCGAGUGAGAGUUCUGGCUGAGCACUUGGAAGAUCUUGAGCGCGUGAAGGGAGCGUCAGAUGAUAUUCUUAUUGGCGAGAUGGAGAAGCUCGAAAAGAGAGCAGGGGAAAAAGACGACCAAUUCAAGUCAUUGACUGAGGAACUGACUGUUCUGAAACAAGAUUAUGGCCAUAUCGCAGAUAAAAUAAAAGAUCUGGACCAAAAAGAGGAUGUCAUGGCUCUCUCUGGAUCGCUACUAGGCACACAGCGUGUACUUGAAAGUGUCAAGAUUGGGUUGCAUUCUCUAGAAACACGGUAUAACAAUCUGUCCACGGAGCCUAUUGUGAAGAACAUGGUUGUUGCUAUGCAAGAGAUGUACCCAUCUGCAGGUCAAUUAACAGAGCAGGUGGCAGCUCUAAAAGCACAGCUAGAAGCUCUAGAUCAGAGACAGAGUGGCCAGUUGAUGGACGUUAACAAGGAUAUCAAGUCUCAAUCAGAGGAGUCCAACCGAUUGAGGAACGACCUGACUACGCUACACCACUCACUUGGAGAAGUUUGGAAACAAGCUAAUAACUCAGGCCUUGGGCAACAGCAUUACCAACAGCUCCAUGGCAACAUUUUAUCCUUGUACCAAAAGUUUGAGGACCAUACUGCCAAAAUGAAAGAGCAACUAGAGUCCAAAGAUACAUCGGAUGAGGAUCUGCGGCAAAACCUGAAUCAAGAACGAGAUAGCUUGAGAAAUCAAGUUCAGAGCAUAGCUGACAAGCUUAAAGCAUUCGCCAAUGAACUUGAUGAGACUAAAUCUGCCCAUACGAGCAGCAAAGACGCAACAAAAGCUGAUAUCAUGGCCUUAAUCAAUCGCACCAACGGCUUGGAAAAAGUCAUAUCCAACAACGGUCAGCUUGUUGAUCGUAUUAGUCGCUUGGAAAAUUCUACAUCCAAUGACGAACUGGUUGAGCGUAUCACUCGCCUGGAAGACCCUACAUCCAACCACCAACUGGUUGACCGCAUUGGCCGCCUAGAGGCUUUUACAUCCCAUGAUCAACUCAUUGUUCGUAUCAAUCGUCUCGAAGAAGACUACCAGGCAUUGCUGGAGCAAUUUGAAAACACCAAAAAGGCAAUAGAAUCGAGCACACAGGAGGCCUCCUUCGCCCUCGCUGAACAAACAGAGAUAGCAGAAUCGCCAGUGCCGAAAUACGAAGGAACCCCUAUCGGUUCAGAUACGCCCAACGUCGAACAGCCAAUUGAAGAGCCCUGCACUGUGGAUCCCAGCAUUGCCGAGUCCAACAAUGCGGAUUUCAAUAAUGUGGAGCCCGCGUCCACCCCAGGGCCUGCGGUGAAGAAGAAGAAUAAGAAGAAGCGCCCCCGCCUGUCAGGUGUAACAUCAGAGGAUGAACGGACCAAUUCUCCAACCCCGGCAGCCAUUGGAAUUGAUGGGUCUUUGCCAGAGAGGAAGAAGCCAAAGAAAAAGAAGAAGCGAAAGACGAACAAUCAAUCGGAACCUAUUACGAUUGACUAG